UUCGCCGCUGGCUUUAUUUUCUCGUCCAUUCCUCUGCUCCUCCGCCUCUUUCUGCUGUCGUGCGAUUCACGUCGGUCCGCCUCGCACGCUGCCGAAUCUGUUCUCGCUCCUAAGAUAGGGCGUGUCGACGGCCGUACACUACUUGCUAGCCAGCAUCGUGUUUCGGUUUUCCCUUUCACCCGAGUAGCUUGUCUCGUCCAUAGCUCCCUCCAUUCGCAUCUAUCGUUCAGUACCACACCCGGUUUUCCCGCGCUACACGUUAUCCUCCGAAUUCCUGACGUCUCUCAAACAUGGCUCUCAUUGGCGCUUCUUCCGCUCGCUUACCUCUUAGACAUGCCACGUCAGCAAUGAAACCGGCAACACCAGUAGCCUCAGCAGCAAAGGCUCUCAGGACCACCUUUUUCUCGCCUAGGCUUAAUGCUUUCAGCGGCUCGAGGCGACUGAUAGUUAGCGGCGGCAGCGGGUGCAGUCCUCGCGGGUCACGGAGAGCGCAUGGGGUGGUUGAUCGACGGACCAGUCGGGCCGUGGAGGCGUCGGUGUCGGCGCGUGAUGCGACGGAUGCGACGGAUGCUGCGAGUGCAGCGAUGGCAGAUGCGACAGGACUAGGGAAGGCGGUUCGCGACGAUUUCCCGAUUCUGCAUCAGGAGGUGCCAGGCGGCCAGCAGUUGGUGUACCUAGACAGUGCGGCGACGUCACAGAAGCCACUGCAUGUGAUCAACGCCAUGGAUGACUAUUACCGCCGAUACAAUGCCAAUGUGCACCGUGGUGUGCACUAUCUCAGCAUGCUGGCAACAGAGGAGUACGAGAAGGCGCGGGAGAAGGUAGCUCGUUUCAUCAACACGGCAGAGGGCCCCUCGGAGAUCGUCUUCACGCGCAACGCCAGCGAGGCCAUCAACCUGGUCGCAUACUCCUGGGGCCUCUCCAACCUCGCCCCAGGCGACGAGGUUCUCCUCACAGUCGCCGAGCACCACAGCAACAUCGUCCCCUGGCAGCUCGUAGCCCAGAAAACCGGGGCGGUUCUGAAGUUUGCCCCGCUGAAAGUGCCUGAGGAGUCGGAGAGGGAGGGGCAUGCGGGGGGGGCGGAGGUGGACUAUGAGCGGCUGCUGGAGAUGAUUGGGGGGAGGACGAAGCUGGUGGCGGUGCACCAGGUGUCCAACGUACUAGGCUCAGAAUCUCCAGUGGAGCUGAUCCGUGAGAGAGCACAUGCAGUGGGAGCAAAGGUGCUGCUAGACGCAUGCCAGUCCGUGCCGCACAUGCCGGUCGAUGUGCAACAGCUGGGGGUUGACUUCGCUGCGGUCUCCUCCCACAAGAUGUGUGGCCCCACGGGCAUCGGGUUCCUCUAUGGGCGAUCGGACGUGCUCGCCUCGAUGCCUCCCUGGAUGGGCGGGGGCGAGAUGAUUCAGGACGUGUUUCUGGACCACUCCACCUAUUCAGACCCGCCUGCCAGAUUUGAAGCUGGCACCCCAGCCAUCGCCGAGGCGAUAGGGUUGGGAGCAGCGGUGGACUACUUGACAGCCAAGGGCAUGGAUAACGUGCAUAAUUAUGAGAUGCAUCUAUCAGAGUAUCUGUACAAGCAGCUCUCAGCCGUCGAUCGGGUGCGCAUCUACGGCCCUCCUCCACCGUCGCUGCUCCCAGGAGGCCCGUCCGCCCUCCACAGGGGCCGAGUGGCGGCUCUCUGCACGUUCAGCGUGGAUGGCAUGCACGCCACAGACGUGUCUUCCUUUCUCGAUCAACAGCACGGAGUGGGCAUCCGCAGUGGACACCACUGUGCGCAGCCCAUUCACCAAGGGAUCGGCAUCAAUGCGAGCGCACGGGCGAGUGCAUACAUCUACAACACCACGGAGGAGAUCGAUGCGUUCAUUGUUGGACUCAAGGACACCAUUGACUUUUUCGUCAACUUCUCGUGAUCAAUGCUAGUACCAUUACUACAAUCAUAUUUGAAGAAUGUGUUACAAUACUUGUAAUGCAUGACGUCAUCUUGAAUACACAAUGAAAAAGGGAGAUUGUUAUAUAUUUAUAAUACAUACAAUGAAUGAGG